CACGUACAUACACGUUCUACUUUAGACGAGAUGGGUGUUCAAAACGCUGCCGCGGACCUUCCCGCCAUGAAGUCCAACCCAAAGUUCAUCUUCUUCACCGACUUUGACGGCACAAUCACCCAGCAGGACAGCAAUGACUUUAUGACCGAUACAAUUGGCUACGGCCAGGCCAAGCGCCGCGAGGGCAACAUUGCUUGCUUGAACGACAAGAUCUCCUUCCGCGACUCGUUUCAGGACAUGAUGGACAGCGUCACUCGCCCGUACGAUCAGUGUAUCCAGUACGUUGUCGACAACGUCAAGCUCGACCCCGGUUUCGCCGAGUUCUUCCAGUGGAGCCUGAAGAACAACAUUCCCGUCGUCGUCCUCAGCUCAGGCAUGGAGCCCAUCAUCAAGGCACUGCUGAAGAAGCUGGUUGGCCCUGAUGCCGAGAAGAUGCAGGUCCUCGGUAACCAGGUUGGGCCCAGGGAGGGCAAGGACAUCAACGAAGAGGGCGGCUGGACCAUCCUAUUCAGGCACCCUGAAUCAGGUUUCGGCCAUGACAAGUCCAUCGAACUGAGGAAGUACUCGUCGCUGCCUGAGGACCAGAGGCCAACCAUGUUCUAUGCCGGUGACGGUGUGUCAGAUCUGUCUGCUGCGCGCGAGACUGACUUGCUGUUUGCGAAGAAAGGCCACGACCUGAUCAACUACUGCGCGCGAGAGAACGUCCCCUUCACAGUAUUCGAGGACUGGACCAACAUUCUGGCGAAGUGCAAGGAAAUUGUCGAGGGCAAGUCCACCGUCCAACAGGCUUCCAAGGAGGGCUUCGAGGCCUAUAAGAGUGGCGCUGCUGGCAUGAACAUGGAGGAGACCACCAAAUAGACGAUGACGCACCAUAAGAUGGAGCGAACAGCCAAUGCAUAUAGACGAGUAUCUAGAGAGACAUAGAGGAGAUGCAUUCACGACAUAAAGAUUCCCGGUAGACAUACAUACCACAGACUAGAA